AUGUCUCACGUCUGGGACGACUACGGGCCAACGCAGCCACCAGGCACCGGGGACCUCUCGCCGCUGGACGACAACCUGAGAGCAGGCCUCGCCGUCAUAGGCGCGCUCGCCGUGGUCUCUCUCAUCCUGUGCACGAGUCUUUUCUCCUUCAUAACAUACCGCGUUAUCCAGGGCCGACUGCACUCCCCGCAUCGGCCUCGGUACACCAGGUGUCGACUCUCCCGCCGCCCAGCACCCUUGACGCCAAGGCCGCAGCACGAGGAGCACCAACUCUGCCGGCAGGCCUCGUCCAACACCCUCACCGGCGCGGCAAAGUCCCCUCUGUCACCCCUGUCGCCCGGCAGCGACCGGUGCCCGCGGGACCACCGCUCACGCGACGACGGUGCCGAUGAGGUCGCGGUCGGCACGGUGCCCAACAUUCGACGGCGCUACCAGGGCUACAACCCCUUGCUCGUGCUUAUCUACAUGCUUCUCAUCGCCGAUAUUAUUCAGUCGGCCUCUUUCAUCCCGAACCUUGUAUGGGUCGAUCACAACGCCAUCCAUGUGCGAUCCGAGUCCUGCUGGGCGCAGGGCUGGCUGCGGUCGCAGGGCGAUAUCGCGAGCGCCAUCUUUGCCGCCGCCGUCUCGAUUAACACCUACCUUCUCGUCGUCCACCGGUACACCAUGCCAUCCAAGGCGCUGCGCAUGAUAGUGGCGUCCGUGUGGUCUUUUAGCUUCAUCAUUGUUGCGGCCGGGGUGUGGGCUUCCAACAACGGGAGGGGCCAUGGCGGGUACUUCGUGAGAGUUGACACAUGGUGCUGGAUCAGCCAGGAGUAUGCAGGCUACCGCAUCUGGACACACUUCGGCUGGGUCCUAUCCAUGAUGGGCAUCAUAGUUCUCGGCCUCCUGGGCUCCGCCGUCAAGAUCCGCGUGCGGCAACCAGACGCGCGGCGCUCACGGCCGGGCCUCCUGCGACGAUUGGAACGCGUGCGCCUCCAGCUGCGCAACCCGCGCCGCUCAGGCCACCACCCGGCGUUCCUCAUCUACCCGCUUGUGUACUUCGUGUGCUGCGCGCCCAUGGCCAUCGGGCCCAUGAUCCUCGCGUCGGGCGUGUCCAUCCAGCAGGGCUACUUCCUGUGGGCGGGCGCCAUGAUCGCGAGCAACGGCUGGCUUGACGUCGUGCUCUGGAGCUGCACCAUGAUCUUCCUCGCGCCGGGCGACAUCAAGGACUCCGGGCUGUCGAGCUUCGCCUUCCUGCGCACGCCCUCUGUCGAGUACGGCAACAUGGUGUGGGUCGAGGCCGGGCUGAGCGGGGGCGGACACAGGAGCCGCGGCGGGCGCGCCGGGGACUGCCUCGAGCCGCUCACCCGGAUGCUGAGGCGGGAGGCCGGGAAUGACCGGCGCAGGGGUGUUGGCUGGGAGUCGCUGGGCAAGUCGGACAACAGAAAGCUGAAUGGCAUCACGACCAAGACCACCACCACGGUCGUUGUGGAGGAGAGCAAUUCGGCGGGGACGGGCGAUGUCAUUGGGCGCGCGCCGACGCACCCGGGUGUCGAUGACGGGAUCACGCCGAGACCCAGUUUCGCUUAUGCCAGGGAGGAUGUUCUGACGGUGCCGAGGAGGGUGGCUCACCGGUUCUAG